AUGGUUACUUCUGCUGCUGAAGACAUCGGCCUCGCGCCUGAGUGGAUGAAGUGGGAAACCCAAGCCGGCACCCGCCCCGUUCUCUCCGGCGACAUCCCCAACAUGCGCCAGCAAAUGGACGGUCUCUCGCAGCUGCUCAAAGAUCAAUGGAACGACUUCCAUCCCCUCGACGGCGGCGUGUCCACCAUCGAUCUCGUUACGCCCUGCGGCCUCGACGUGCGCGUUUACCAGCCUGAAGACUCCAAAGGAAAGGCAGUUCCGAUCGGCGCUUUCUAUCACUGUGGUGGAUACUGCAUCGGUGGUAUUCAAGUUGAAGAUACCCUCGUUCGCAACCUCUGCAAGCUAUCUCAGACAGUCAUUGCCUCAAUUCAGUACCGCCAUGCACCGGAAUAUCCCGCGCCCACCGCGCUCGACGACUGCGUGCGUGCGACAAAGUGGGUAGCCAGUAACGCCGCCUCGUGGGGUGCUGAUCCAAACAAACUCUACACGAUGGGUCCCUCGGCCGGCGCGGCGCUCUCGAUCUCUGUCCCUCUGCGUCUGCACGACGAAGGCGGCGACAGUGCAGGACUCGUCAAGGGCGUAAUCUCGUUGUCGCCGUGUGAAGUUCAUCCUGAUCAUAUUCCGGAGAAGUUCAAGGGCAUGCACACAUCGGCGGAGAACUCGGCAGGCCGGCUGCCCGUCAUCGACAUUGAGUCCAUGCGCACGUUCUACUCGACCUAUACGGUGCCCUUGGACGACAAGUACACGUUUGCAAUCUACUACCCCAAACUGCAAGUUCUUCCGCCGGUCUACAUUGUCUCUGCGGAGUUUGAUCCGCUGCGAGACGACGCGUAUGUGUUUGAGAAACUAGUAAAGGAAGCCGGCGGCAAGAUCACGCACAAGACCUACAAAGGCCUGCCGCACGUCUUCUGGCUCUUCCCGCUUCCUCAAUCACUCCAGUUCUUUGAAGACACCGCGAAGGCCAUUAAGGGUCUGUUCUGA